GUUAUGAAAAUCAGACGAGAAUUGCACACAGCAUUUGUGCCUUUUGCCUUUUAUAUCCCUCCACUUUUACUACCUCAUUCUUGUCAAUCCCACGCAGUUUGACUUGAUCCGCCACUAAAGGAGAGAGGAAACCGGCGGAUUGAUUUGCGUGUUUUCGUUCUAUUAUCGUUUCCCUCCUGUACCUUCCGAUCCAAGGCUGGGGUUAUACCCAGAUUUAAGCUCUGCUCUAUUGGACAAUCGGACUUACACUUCACCGGUGUUAGUAAUACGGAUAGUACAGUUGAGAGUUGCCUGACAACCCAGACAGCCAGUCCCACAAAACAAUUCGGUUCUCAUUCACGCACAUUUGACAUAGUCUCCACUUGCCUUUCCAAAAUCAUCCGCAUGUAGAUUCAGACAGGGCGAUAUGGCGACGGAAAAACUUACAUCAGUCGAUGGCGAGGUAACCAAAUGUGACUUCGAAAUGCUGAACGAUUCGACGUCGAAAAGGACUAAUUGGGUGUCAAUGAGCAGGGCCCAGGCCAUCGCAGUUGUUGUAGUGUUUGCCGCAAUUGUGAUUCUCGUAGGUGUUCUGUGUUAUUACGAGACCAAAAGGGAAUGUGAUCGCAAAAAUGCCGCGGCUGUCUUGGACAAUGACGUCGAAGAAAACGGCGACGUCAACGACUCUGACAAUGACGGGGAACAGCGACCGAAUACGACGCCGCAAAUUGUAUUGUCCCACCCGCCAGCUGUAGAAGACCCUGGACCGUGGAAAGGCAGACUCCCUGCCGACGUCAUCCCUGAAUCCUAUGAUAUCUUUAUCAAACCUUACCUCAAUGACGAGGACGUUGAAGGGACGUACAAAAGACGUUUUACCUUUGACGGCCGUGUGGUCAUUCAAAUACGAUGUGACAUUCCAACAGAUGAGAUCGUGCUUCACCUGAGUAACAUAACCGUGGUUUCAAUCAACGUCAUUGAUGCAGACGAAGGGGGUGACGAUUUAUAUGAUUCGACGUCCUACGAGAGUCGAUAUUCGUUUCUCCGAAUAGCGCUAACCGAAGUGCUACAGCAGGGGCAAACCUAUAAUGUGACUAUUGUCUACAUUGCGGAGAUCAGAGAGCAAUGGGAUGGAUUGUAUCGCAGUAGCUAUGUAGAUGACAGAGGCAAUCAAUCAUGGAUGGCUGUCACUCAGUUCCAGCCCGUCUCUGCCCGUUAUGCAUUUCCAUGCUUUGACGAACCAAUCUUUAAAGCUAUCUUCAACGUCCAAAUCAUGCACCGAACCAACAUGAUCGCCCUUUCUAAUGGUCGUGAGAUCGACACCAUCGACCACGGUGACGGGUGGUCAUUGACUAGAUUCGAGCCCUCACCAGUCAUGUCAAUCUAUCUACUUGCCAUAGCGGUUGGUGUGCUUGACUACAGAGAAACAACCACUACAAAUGGGAUUCGGCUCCGAACAUGGAGUCGUCCUGAUGCCAUUGAUACCACUGACUUUGCAUUAGAAUCGGCCUCGUCACUCAUUACGUACUUUGAAAACUACUUCGGCCUCCCUUAUCAGAUAUCGAAAAUGGACAUGAUUGCUAUUCCUGAUUAUGGACAUGGGGGUAUGGAAAACUGGGGGUUGGUGACGUACCCAGAAGAUGGACUGUUUUUUAACCCGGAUGUAGAUACUAGAUCUGUUCAGGAGAGCAUGCUAUCCGUCAUUGCACAUGAAGUCGCUCACCAAUGGUUCGGCAACCUGGUCACCAUGGAGUGGUGGGAUGAUCUCUGGUUGAACGAAGGAUUUGGGACGUACUUUGGAAAUCUGGGGGCCGAUGCUCUUCAUCCGGAAAUCAAGUUUCUGGAUACAAUGGUCGCUGUUAAUAAUCACCUCGUUCUGACCAGUGAUGCGCUCUCUACGUCACAUCCUAUCAAGGUACAUGUAACAUCACCAUCAGAAAUCGACGAGCUUUUCGAUGAUAUCUCCUACAUCAAGGGAGCAGCCGUAAUACGCAUGCUCCAUGAUAUGUUAGGUGAUGACGUAUUUCGAAGUGGAAUCCAACGUUAUCUUAGAACGUACGAGUACAAGAAUGCGAACUCGGAUCAAUUGUGGGAUGCUCUUACUGAGGCUGACAUGGGCAAUGGUAACAUUGACGUAUGGCAGGUGAUGGAUACAUGGAUUCUACAAAUGGGUUAUCCACUGGUCAACCUGACCAGGAUUGAUGAAAGAACAGUAUCAGCGGUACAAAAGAGAUAUCUUGCCAAGGGCCAGGUGUCUGAUCCAAGAGAAAGUCCGUAUGGAUAUGUUUGGUCGAUCUACCUUACCCAUACCGAUAAUGGAUCAAGAAAUUUCAAUGAUUCGCCCUCAGUUUGGAUAAGAGAUCAAGAAAUACAUGAGUUCAGUUUAGCUGAUGGAGUUAGUCUAGAUGACUGGUAUCUUGGAAACCUUCAUCAGUUCGGUUUCUUCCGAAUCAACUACGAUUUAGAGAACUGGAUGAAACUUAUCCAUCAACUGAAAACUGACCACGAGGUUAUACCUGUCCUAAACCGAGCCCAGCUUCUGGAAGAUUCCAUGAAUCUUGCUUUUCAUGGUUACCUCCCGAUGUCAGUGGCCCUUGAACUCGUUGGAUACUUACAGUAUGAAUUCAGUUCCGCCCCAUGGAAUGCUGUUCUUAGUUAUUUGAUCUUCUUCAGGGAUAAUCUGGCUGCCACAUCUCUCCAAGGGCCAUAUGAGAGAUAUCUGAGAGAGCUGACGAAUCGAGCGUAUGACGAACUUGGACUGGAGCUUGACAUCGAGACGAUAUCACUUGAUAAAGCGAAGACGAGAGAAAUUAUUCAACCGAUAUCAUGUAAGGUCCAGAAUCCAGAUUGCAGUCGUCAUGCAUUAGAGUUAUUCCAAGAUUUCAAGGCGUCAUACAAUCUCACAGACCCAAGCAGUAGUGUCAUUGACGUCAAUUCGCUGGAAACAUUGCUCUGUACCGCCAUCAGAGAAGGCACGUUCGAGGAAUGGGAUUAUAUAUGGUCCCUAUAUAUCGAUACUAGAUCUACUAUGUCACAAACUAAGUUGUGGAUAUCUACUCUGUCCUGCACGAUACGUCCAUGGCAGAUACAAAGACUAAUGGAGUAUCCCAUGCAAAACCCAAGAACAACACAUCAGGUCGGCUUUAUUCUUGAACAAGUAACAAUCACUCCCACCGGUCGGACGUUGGCUUGGGACUACUUACGACAAAACUGGGAUGUCUUACAGAACAUGUACGGAGGGUCAUAUAGGUGGUUAACACUCAUUCGUACAAUAGCCAGUGAUUUUAAUACAAAAGCACAACUCGAAGAGUUGACGGCCUUUGUAUAUUCAAGGGAUCUCGGAUACGGUGUUACUACACUCCAGCAAGCCAUUACAUAUACUAAGCUCAACAUUGAUCUUUACGAUGCUAUCUAUCCAGAAGUACGGGCCUGGUUAGAAGCUUAUGAUCAAAGGCAAUGAAUCAUCCGUCUACUUCAUUAGGGAAAAAGGCGCCAUUUGCUUGGCCAUUACUUCUAAUAUUGAAAUUGAAUGUAGGCCUGUAUUUUGAAAAUUUAUAUAUUUUAAGAUUUAAACAAUAAAUUGAAAUAGCACCCAGAAAUGCUAAGGAGACUCACCUAUACUAUAUUGGUCCCAUGAUGAUGUCUUUCCAUUGUACGAUGUCAUGUAAUAUGUGCACUGAUCACACGGCGUCCGUUCAUUGAACGAUACCCCUACGAUGGUCGAACAGUGACCUUGCGCUAAUCAUACGAUGUCCCUACGAUGUAUUUAACGGCUACGAUCUACAAUUGUCUAAAAUUGUACUAAUCCGCGCUAAGCAAAUCUCGUAUGACAACUGUAUACGAUGUACGUCACUCUCAGAAGAUCUUAUGAUUGCCAGAUUUGCUUGCUUUCCGAAAUUAACUUGAAUCCACCAUGUGCUACACCACAUUACCAUGGCAAUGGCGUGAGGUCAAUAGUAGCAGUAUAAUGAAGGGCAAAAGUCGGUGAAAGCUUGGAGAGAAAUUAUCUCAGCAGAACAGAGUAUCGGAAUUUUGUUUUUCUUAAGCGAUUCUUCAAGCUGGACAAGAAAUAACAAAGUUAUGACAUUUUAAAGUUUUGCAUUAUUUCGGUGAAACAAUCCUAUGCAUGUCUUCAUGAAUAUGCAAUAAGACAGAUGGUCUCAUAUCCCCACUUAUUCUUUUGUAUUUUAUUUUAUGAAAUCAUAUUUAUUCAUGUUUUUCCUCCAAGAACGAAUGAAUAUAUUGGCAACUGAUUUAUUGUGCAAGAUAAUCAUCGCUAAAACAUGUUUUGUGACAAGGGAGAAAUAAUUAUCAUACACACAGAUAUGAAAAUAAUGAAUUAGGAUUUCAUGUGAUGAUAUAAGAUAAAAAGAAAAUGUGGAUAUGGCAUUAAUAGCCACCUUUAUUGCAUAGUCAUGACGGCUUGCAUAGAUUUUCAUGUCACACAAAAAAAUCAGCAAGUUUAGCAAGGUAUAAGUUAGUGCUUUUCUAUUUUCGAUCAUGUAUUUUCACGCAUUUCUGUGAAUAGUAAUACUCAUAUCAAUAGUCUAAAGGUUUAAUCAAUGUUGUUGUUAUGUAUAAUAAUUUGUUUCCCUUCUUAUAAUCUCCUUUUUCUUUUCCAUUUUUUCAUAAUUUACUUUUGUUUUCUAUUGGGUGCCCUUUUCAAGUUUAUGCCAAAUGUGGCCAUUCACAUUUUGUGUGAUUUUGAUUGUAUAUACAUGCCCCCACGAAUGGCUAUUUUAAGAAAUAAAAUAUCCAUGCAAUUGUC